GUGAAAGCAAAUGUCAAAAACCAAAUAUCCCAAAUAUCGUGGUUCACCAUCAUAAACAAAAAAUCCAUAUUUUGCCUGUUUUCUCAGCUUUUCCAAAUCCUGAAAUUCAAUUUUAAAUAGGUGAAGUGCUUUUUAGUAACUUUUAAUACAACAUGGACGAACUAGAGCAGCUAGAACACCUCUCUUUGGUGUCUAAAAUAUGUACUGAGCUUGAGAACCAUCUCGGUCUUAAUGAUAAAGAUCUUGCUGAAUUUAUUAUAGAUCUAGCGGAUAAGAAUCCUUCACUGGACAGUUUCAAGAAAGUGUUGGCUGAAAAUGGGGCGGAAUUUUCUGAAUCAUUUACGUCAAACCUGCUGCGUAUCAUUCAAUUGAUGAAACCUCCUAAAGAAAAAGGAACGUCAGUCUAUUCAGCUUUCGAAGAGGAUGAUCGGGUAGGAAAUUUAGCGGUAAAGUUUCCUGGUUUGGCAAUUCCAAACGCCAAAAAAGGAUAUGAAUCAGACGAAGAGAAACACAAAGAAGAUUGUAAAGUUCGCACGAAAGAUCCUUCGCACGAUGUGGUAAAUGACAUAUUCUCUGAACUAGAAAAUAUGGCACCUUCGGCUUGCAAAAAAGAGGAUACCAAAAAAUCUCGUGAGCAACAAGAAGUGGAAAACAUGUUUGCCGAGUUAGAAAGUCUAGCUCCGACUACCUCAAAGCAAGAGGACAAAAAUGAAGGAAAGAGAUAUAGACGUAGUCGAUCCAAAGAGAGAAAAAGAAGUCGAUCAAGAGGUCGGAGAAGCAAGUCAAGAGACAGGCGUAGGAGUAGAUCUAGAGACAAAGACCGCAGGAGAAGAUCUCGAUCGCGACACAGAUCCCGCUCAAGAGAUAGAGAUCAGAGACGACGUAGCAGAAGCAGAGAUCGCGAUCGGCGUUCGAGAAGAAGUCGAAGUAGAUCCCGUGGUCGACACCAACGCCAACGAAGUAGAUCGAGAGAAUUUGAACGACACAAGCGUCCUUCUCCUCCCAAGUUUCCGGAAGAGCCCGAACCGGGUUUAAUUUAUGAAGGGCGAGUUGUUAACAUAGUUGCUUUCGGUUGCUUUGUACAAUUAACUGGUUUCCGAAAGAAGAAAGAAGGGCUGGUUCAUAUUUCGCAACUAUCUUCAGAAGGACGUGUUAGCACAGUAACGGAUGUUACUAACCGCGGUGAUAACGUUAAGGUAAAAGUCAUUUCGAUAGCUGGUAGCAAAAUAUCGCUCAGUAUGAAAGACGUUGAACAGGCAACAGGAAGAGAUUUGAAUCCGCUAUCGCAUGCACACCUUCAAGAGAGCAGUGAUCUAGCAAGCAGAAAUCCUGACCGUCCUAUGAAUGUACCAUCGAUGCUAAAUUAUCAGGAACAUGGAGAUCCGAUGGAGGAAACAACUUCGCGUAAAAAAGUAACUCGCAUAUCCAGUCCUGAACUAUGGGAAAUUAAACAGAUGAUUUCGUCGGGAGUAAUCGAUCGCAAAGAAAUGCCUGAUUUCGACGAAGAAACUGGUCUUCUACCGAAGGACGAAGAUAGUGAAGCUGAUAUCGAAAUAGAAAUAGUCGAGGAUGAACCUCCGUUUCUGCAAGGGCACGGGAGAGCACUACAUGAUUUAUCACCAGUUAGAAUUGUUAAGAAUCCUGAUGGUUCUCUAGCACAAGCAGCCAUGAUGCAGUCGGCCCUGGCUAAGGAGCGCCGCGAACAGAAAAUGCUCCAACGUGAACAAGAGAUGGAUACAGCUCCUACUAAUUUGAGCAAAAAUUGGAUUGAUCCGAUGCCAGAAGAGGAUCCAAGAACUGUGGCGGCAAAUACGCGAGGUAUUGGAAUGGGCAUGCAGGAUGUUCCAGAAUGGAAGAAGGCCAUUAUUGGUGGGAAAAAGUCUUCUUAUGGCAAGAAAACCGAUAUGAGCCUAGUAGAGCAAAGGCAAUCUCUUCCCAUCUACAAAUUACGUGAUGAUUUGAUUAAGGCUGUUACAGAUAAUCAAAUUCUUAUAGUGAUUGGUGAAACCGGUUCGGGAAAGACAACCCAAAUUACUCAAUACUUGGCAGAGUGUGGGUUUAUAGCAAGAGGUAAAAUUGGUUGCACUCAACCACGUCGUGUAGCAGCCAUGUCGGUUGCCAAGCGAGUUGCCGAAGAAUACGGUUGUCGUUUGGGUCAAGAGGUCGGAUACACAAUUCGUUUUGAAGACUGCACUAGUCAGGAAACAGUCAUAAAAUACAUGACAGAUGGUAUGUUGCUGCGUGAAUGUCUUGUAGAUUUCGAUUUGAAGUCUUACUCGGUUAUUAUGUUGGAUGAAGCUCAUGAGCGAACAAUCCACACGGAUGUAUUGUUUGGUUUGCUGAAGCAGGCUGUACAGAAACGACCCGAAUUGAAACUGAUUGUGACAUCAGCUACACUGGAUGCGGUAAAAUUUUCGCAGUAUUUCUUUGAAGCACCCAUAUUUACCAUCCCUGGACGAACAUUUCCAGUGGAGAUUUUGUACACUAAGGAACCGGAGACCGAUUAUCUGGAUGCAUCAUUAAUAACGGUAAUGCAAAUUCAUCUGCGCGAGCCACCUGGCGACGUUCUGUUGUUCCUUACCGGACAAGAAGAAAUUGACACGGCCUGUGAAAUACUAUACGAGCGAAUGAAAUCCCUCGGACCCGAUGUUCCGGAACUGAUCAUUCUUCCAGUGUACUCUGCCCUGCCAUCGGAAAUGCAAACCCGUAUCUUCGAUCCUGCUCCUCCGGGAAGUCGUAAAGUGGUAAUUGCAACCAACAUAGCCGAGACUUCACUCACGAUCGACGGUAUUUACUAUGUGGUUGAUCCUGGGUUUGUCAAGCAAAAGGUAUACAAUUCGAAAACCGGUAUGGAUUCCUUGGUUGUAACACCAAUUUCGCAAGCAGCUGCGAAGCAAAGAGCUGGACGGGCCGGCCGAACCGGUCCCGGUAAGGCGUACCGCCUGUAUACGGAGCGAGCCUACCGAGACGAGAUGUUACCGACACCGGUUCCAGAAAUUCAGCGCACCAAUUUAGCCACAACGGUGUUACAACUCAAAACCAUGGGAAUUAAUGAUUUGCUUCAUUUCGAUUUCAUGGAUGCUCCACCAGUUGAAUCACUAGUGAUGGCUUUAGAACAAUUGCAUUCCUUAUCGGCAUUAGAUAACGAAGGGCUGCUAACACGAUUAGGUCGUCGAAUGGCAGAGUUUCCUUUGGAACCAAACUUGUCUAAAAUGCUGAUUAUGUCGGUUGCACUCCAAUGCUCCGAUGAAAUAUUAACGAUAGUAUCUAUGCUCUCCGUUCAGAAUGUGUUCUACCGUCCAAAAGAUAAGCAAGCCCUAGCUGAUCAGAAGAAGGCAAAAUUUAAUCAAAUCGAGGGAGAUCAUCUUACGUUACUAGCCGUUUAUAAUAGUUGGAAAAAUAAUAAAUUUUCCAAUGCAUGGUGCUAUGAAAAUUUCGUUCAAAUAAGAACGCUGAAAAGAGCUCAAGAUGUGCGAAAGCAAUUGCUUGGCAUCAUGGAUAGGCACAAGCUAGAUGUAGUGUCGGCAGGCAAGAACACAGUACGUGUUCAGAAGACUAUUUGUUCAGGCUUCUUUCGAAAUGCUGCCAAGAAAGAUCCACAGGAAGGCUACAGAACCCUUGUUGACUCGCAGGUUGUAUACAUUCAUCCUUCGAGUGCAUUGUUUAAUCGGCAACCGGAAUGGGUUGUUUAUCAUGAAUUAGUUCAAACUACCAAGGAGUACAUGCGGGAGGUGACUACGAUCGAUCCGAAAUGGCUAGUAGAAUUUGCACCAGCCUUUUUCCGAUUUUCUGACCCAACGAAGUUGAGCAAAUUCAAGAAGAACCAACGACUAGAACCACUGUAUAACAAGUACGAGGAACCAAAUGCGUGGCGUAUCAGUCGAACCCGAAGGAGGCGAAAUUAAUCAAACGAAUCGUUUUUCAGUUCGAGUAUAUUUCUUACCUAUACUAACGUACUGCUGGUUUUAAACUCUAUGGCCGUAUUGUUAAAAUAGAAGCACUCAAAUUAA